GUAGGUGGUUACACUUGGCCAUUUUCUAGUGUGACGGUAGAGGCGAGUCAAGUUUUUGGUGCCGUUGUCGGGGACGGCUAGGUAGUGCAUGACCCAUAGCCAGUCAGGAGGUUUACUACCGUUAGAUCCGGAGCUAGAGCGCACCUGUCGCCAACUAAGGAGACAACAGCGAGCAAGACUGGCUAUAGAGGAGCGCAUUGACGACCACUUGAGCAGCGAUUCUGAGGAAGAGUACGAGAUGGACGGUGCACAAAAUCCACCCCAGGGGAUGCCUCUCCAGGUUCCCCCAGUGAAUCAGAUCUUGGGGAACAACCCAAUACCCCAGGCAGAUGGGGUUCAACAUCAACCACCACCGCCGGAUCCUACUAUAGAGUACUACUACACUCCACGGGUCGCCGACAUCCGCCCAUUCCAUGGCUUGAAGGAUGAGGAGGCAAGGGUGCACCUUUCCCGGUUCCUGCAACUGACAAACGGGUUCAAGAUGAAUGAUGUACCCGAUGAUGCGAUCCGCCUUCACCUCUUCCCCCAUUCUCUGGCGGAGCAUGCAAAAAGGUGGUUAGAGACCCAGCCCCCACUAUCCAUCACAUCGUGGGACAAUCUGGCCGACAAGUUCGUGGACAGGUAUUAUCCACUAUCGAAGACUACAGAGAUACAGUGGGAGAUUACUCAUUUACGCCAGGAGCCAGAUGAGUCUCUUCGAGAUGCCUGGGAGCGAGAGUCAGAGGGUGAUCAAGUCUCUAUGCCAGGAGGGGAUAUUCUCACCAAGACUCCACCCCAACUGAACCAGAUGAUCAGUACCUUAGCUGCCAGGGAUCACUCCUGGGGGCAGAGCACCAGAAGCAGGAGUUCCCAGAAUCGGGCUAUGAGGGAGUCUUCUACACCACAGGAGCAAUUGGCUUUCAUCGCCAAUGCUCGGCGCCUUGACCCUUACAGCGGAACAUAUAAUGAAGGGUGGCGCCAACAUCUCAACUUCUCCUGGAAUAAUAGCAACACCACUAAACCACCCGGUUUCCCAGCACCAGGUGGUGGUUUUCAGCAGAGGCAGCCUUACCAGCCCAGACAGCUGCAACCAUUUCCCCAGCCGCAACGCCAAUAUGCCGAGCCACAAGCAGCUCCAGCUCCAGAUAAUCAGGUGAGCAAGCUGAAAAACAUUCUAGCGGCAUUCAUGACUACCAGCCAGGUGAAUUUUGCCAGGAUGGACCAGAACAUUGCUUCGCUGCAGGCAGGCCAGAGGAACCAAGGUGCCAUAUUACAGGACCUCCAAAAUCAGAUUGGAGGAAUAGCUCGUCAGAAUAAUACCAGGGCACCGAGAACUCUUCCUGCCCCGACCGUCCCCAAUCCCCGGGAACCUCACCAGCAGCUGAAUGCCAUCACUGCCAGGAGUGGCAAGCCAAUGUUACAAGAUCCAACUUCUGCGUAAUUCAACGAGGAUGGCCACUAUGACGCCUCCCCUAGAGUUCCAUUGGAAGAGCAGCCACCUGCACCGCUCUAACCUGCUCGAACUCGUGAGCACGUCCGCAUCCGGUGGUUGUGCCCUUUGCGCACUGGUAUGCGCCCCUUGACUGACUUGAGUCCACUUAGGAGCUCAUCCUCCAGCAUCUCGCCAUCUCCUAUGUGCCUUUCCGCCACUCUUCUGGGGCCUCUAAUUCUGGUAGCGAACCUUCUGUCCCCCAGGUAAUAGUAGGAUGACGACGACCGGCCUGACGAGGGUGACUAUGCUAGCUCUGAUUGAUCCCACCGCGGGCUGCUGCUUUGUGUGUUUUGUUUCCUUUUCAGACUCAGACUUUGCGUCCCUUUUCUUUUUAUCUUCUUUUCUUGAAGCACAAGCUGCCAUCAAACAGUCCAAAAGCAGCUUUUGUACUAACUUCACGCCUUUUGUUCGAGGCCUUCCAGAACUCCAAUAUUUCAUCCAAUUUCUUCCCUUGGUAGAUAAACAUACCUAUUUUCA